UGUCGAGAUUUUAACGUCUUCAGCUCUAUCUUUUGCUUCGCCUCUGAACCAAGGAGAAAUGGAGGUAUCUCAUUCUUCUUCUUUGAUACAUGGCUCAGACCUUCAUCAAAACAUCUCAAGACGCUCGCCACUGACUUCUUCCAUGUCCAUCAAUUCUCGGCUUUCCUUUCCCACAACUCUUGUGGCGAACCCACUUCCCCCAAAGCUUUACUUAUCAGCUAAACGCGCAAAUCUUAGAGUUGGACACUCCCCAAGGUUACUCAAAGUAGGUGGCUAUAAUCCUUUGGUUGGGGUAAUCUCAAUGGGAAUGUUGGCUCCUAGAAAGUUUUUUAAGAAAAGGAAGAAAGUGGAGCAUUUCAAAGAUGCAGCUGAUGAAGCUAAACAGAAGAGCUGGAGGAAACUAAUGCAGGAAAUUGAGGAUACAGGUUCUGCUUCUGCAGUACUUAGAAGCCAACGGACUAGUGACCAAUCUCUUUCUAAAGACUUGCUUUUAGGCACUUUGGUUAGGUUUAAGCAGAUGAAAAAAUGGCAAUAUGUUAGCGAGAUUCUUGAGUGGCUUCGAGCUCAAAGCUGGUGGGACUUCAGUGAAAUGGACUUCCUUAUGCUCAUAACAGCAUAUGGGAAGCAAGGGGACUUCAAUAAGGCUGAGAAAGUUUUGAGCUUUAUGAAUAAAAAGGGUUAUGUACCAAGUGUUGUAUCACAUACUGCUCUCAUGGAGGCAUAUGGGAAGGGAGGUCGAUACAAUAAUGCUGAAGCCAUUUUUAGAAGGAUGCAAGCUUCAGGCCCUGAACCUUCUGCUGUGACAUAUCAAAUAAUACUUAAAAUACUUGUCGAGGGGAACAAAUUUAAGGGGGCGGAAGAAGUUUUUGAGACACUUUUGGAUAAGGAAAAAUCUCUGAUGAAGCCUGACCAAAAAAUGUUUCACAUGAUGAUUUAUAUGCAUAAGAAAGCUGGGAGUUAUGAGAAGGCCCGUAAACUAUUUGCACUGAUGGCCGAACGAGGAAUUAAGCAAUCCACGGUCACUUACAAUAGUCUUAUGUCAUUUGAAACCAAUUACAAGGAAGUUUCAAAGAUAUACGAUCAGAUGCAAAGAGCUGGUCUUUGCCCUGAUGUGGUGAGUUAUGCCUUGCUCAUUAAUGCUUAUGGAAAAGCUAGGAGGGAAGAGGAAGCUUUGGCUGUUUUUGAGGAAAUGUUGGAUGCUGGAAUCAGGCCUACACAUAAGUCUUAUAAUAUUUUGCUUGACGCAUUUGCAAUUUCGGGAAUGGUGGAUCAAGCUCGGACUGUUUUCAAAAGCAUGAGAAGAGACAGAUAUACCCCUGAUAUCUGUUCUUAUACAACUAUGCUAUCAGCUUAUGUCAAUGCAUGUGAUAUGGAGGGUGCUGAAAAUUUCUUCACAAGAUUGAAACAAGAUGGACUUCGACCCAAUAUUGUCACAUAUGGGACGCUGAUGAAAGGGUAUGCCAAGGUAAAUAAACUUGAAAAGAUGAUGGAAACGUAUGAAGAAAUGCGUUUAAAUGGUAUCAAAGCAAAUCAAACCAUCUUCACGACUCUCAUGGAUGCAUAUGGGAAGAACAGGGAUUUCGGUAGUGCUGUUGUUUGGUAUAAAGAAAUGGAAGCUUAUGGUGUUCCACCUGACCAGAAAGCGAAAAACAUCCUUUUGUCUUUGGCAAAAACUGUGGAUGAACAAAAGGAGGCAAACCAACUUGUAGGAUAUAUGGAGACUAAGGUGAACCGGUUUUCCAAGUUUUCAGAUGAAGAAGAUUACAUCGAUGAUAUACAGGAGGCCGUAUUGUAUGAAAAAAGGGGUCAAUUAUAGUUUCUUCAAGUUAUUGUUAUCAAGACAAGGAAGACUCUGAUAUGUAAAGCUUGGAAUUUUGUCUUCUGGUAAUGCUCCUCAACCAUGAAAAAGUAUCACUGUCUUCAAUUAUGCAGAGUAUUGGCCGAACACUAGAGCUGUUAUACUUGGUUACUCGCGAUGUCAUAGUUAUAUGAUUGUAUAUCUCUAAUGUUAAUGGCUACUGAUAUUUUUGUUAUCGAUGUGGUGGCAGGUUGGUCUCUAGCAAGCCAGUUUUCGACUAAAAUCGGAGAA